AACAUUAAUAAAGGAUGCAUUGGUUAUGAAAACAGAGAAAACCUGUUGAAUUACAUUCCGGCCUCUGAUAGUUUGUACAGAUUUUUUUUUUCAUUUCGAGUCGGAAAUUAAUCAAUUAUUUUUUAUCAUAUUUCUACACCGCUUCUCGUCUCCGUGCCAGCGAGUUUCAAAAUAAAUACCUCUACAUGAUAUGUGCAUUAUCGGCAGCAGUGAAGAUAUUUCCUUAGUUUUCAACUGACAUGGUAACUUUGCCAAGACAAUUAAAGUGGGAGGAGAUGCUUCCAGGUGAAACAAGAAAACAUUAAAUAAAUUAAACUGGACUCCCCUUCAGCUGUGAAAAUUCUCCAGUUCUGGUGCUUAAAACAUAUGAGUUUUCGCUUUAAUUGGCUGAAAUGUCACCAUGAUCGUUAUGAUCUUCAGUGUGACAUUGUUUUAAUCAUUUUAAGAGGUCUUUCCCCUACUUUGUCGAUUAUUAAAUAGAUGAAUACAAAAUAGAAAAACUGCAGUUGUUUAAGAAAAACACAAAGACUGUUCGAUGCAUGUUAAACUUUUCACUGAUUCUUGGAUUGGAACAUUGGUUGUGGUUGGAUAAUUACAAAACUGUAAUGGCCGGAAAUGAUGAUGAUGAAAUUAUUAAACAAGGGCUGAUGAUAAAAAGGUCUCAAAACAAAAAGCGAUUCACUCCUGUAAAUUAUAAACAGCGUUGGUUUACUUUAACUAGGAAACAAUUGGUGUACUAUGAUACUGAAGGAGAUAAACGCAAAGAAAGGGGUAAAAUUCUGUUGAGUUCAGUCCGGUUUGUGGAAAUAGCAAACCUACAAGACAGCAGCGGGGAAAAUUCAGUGCCUCAGGGUUCACCACUUCAAGUGGGAUACACGGAGUCUGGACAAGAUUAUACGCUCUAUUUGCUCGCGAGCAAAUCACAGGAAAGGGAUGACUGGAUUAAUGUACUGCGAUCAACUUGCGGUGAAAAUUCUGAUGUAAGUACUACUUACCAUUGUGGGUUGUGGAACGGAAAACGCUGGACUUGUUGCCGUGUGUCUACCAGGACAGUCGCUGGUUGCACAAAUACUACAGUCUGGUCAACAACUCAAACUAUACGUGAAACCAAUUCAGCUUCACCUAGUAGUCAAGCAAUGCCUGGAGGUACAUCUGCUAAUAAAUUCAAAGAACCUAUGACUCGUCCGAAAGUAGUUGUUGCCCUUUAUCCUUUUAAAGCCAUCGAAGGGGGUGACUUAUCAUUAGAAAAGGGAGCAGAGUACGAAGUAUUGGAUGAUUCACAGGAGCAUUGGUGGAAGGUUAAGGAUAGCCAUGGAUCUAUCGGCUACAUACCAAGUAAUUAUGUGAAAGAGAAAGAGUUAUUGGGAUUGCAAAAAUAUGAGUGGUACGUUGGAGAUAUGUCCAGACAAAGGGCAGAAUCUCUUCUCAAACAAGAGGAAAAAGAGGGUUGUUUUGUUGUGAGAAACUCUUCAACUAAAGGCCUUUAUACUCUUUCUUUAUAUACAAGAGUUCCCCAUGCCCAUGUGAAACAUUAUCACAUAAAACAAAAUUCUCGGGGUGAUUUUUUCUUAUCAGAAAAACAUUGCUGCCCUUCAAUACCAGAAUUGAUAAACUACCACCGACAUAAUAGUGGGGGCUUGGCUUCUCGCUUAAAAACAUCCCCUUGUGAUCGGCCCGUUCCACCGACAGCAGGUCUAAGCCAUGACAAGUGGGAAAUAGAUCCAGCAGAACUGAUUCUUUUAGAAGAGCUUGGCUCAGGGCAGUUUGGAGUUGUAAGAAGGGGGAAAUGGCGAGGUUGUAUUGACACCGCAGUAAAAAUGAUGAAAGAAGGUACAAUGUCAGAAGAUGACUUUAUUGAGGAAGCAAAAGUGAUGACGAAAUUACAACAUGGAAAUUUAGUUCAAUUAUAUGGUGUAUGUAGUAAACAUAGACCCAUAUAUAUAGUAACCGAAUAUAUGAAACAUGGAUCUCUCUUAAACUAUCUUCGACGUCAUGAAAACACUAUUGCUGGCAAUGUAGAUCUUUUACUUGAUAUGUGCAUCCAGGUCUGUAAAGGAAUGGCAUAUCUUGAACGUCACAAUUACAUACACAGAGAUUUGGCUGCUAGAAAUUGUCUCGUGGGCCAUGAAAAUGUAGUAAAAGUAGCAGAUUUUGGUUUAGCGAGAUAUGUUCUCGAUGACCAGUACACAAGCUCUGGUGGCACUAAGUUCCCAAUAAAAUGGGCACCUCCUGAGGUUCUUAAUUAUACGAGAUUUUCUUCUAAGUCAGAUAUAUGGGCAUAUGGAGUUUUAAUGUGGGAAGUGUUUACAUGUGGAAAGAUGCCGUAUGGACGGUUAAAAAACACAGAAGUCGUGGAGAGAGUUCAAAGGGGAAUUAUUCUAGAGAGGCCUCCUGAUUGUUACAAAGAAGUAUAUGAUAUAAUGCGCCAAUGUUGGUCACAUUCUCCAGAAGACAGACCAUCAUUCAGAGCUUUGAAAGAACAGUUAACCAUCGUUGGACAAAGCAUCGCAGAUUGACAGGUUUCUCUCGAUCCUUGUCCAUUUUGUGCUAUUAUUAACUCACCUGCUUUCUCAACUGUUUUCCAAAGUUUGCAACGACAUUAUGAACAUUGAUAAUAACUAAAUUUAAUCUUAACAUGUGAUUUUUAAGAGUGCAUUUAUAUGUUCCCUUUGCUCAUUUCAGUUUGAAUCUCAGGGAUGUAACAUGGGUAAAAAAACACAAUCGGUAUUCUGUAGUAGUAGUUUGUUUUAGUUAUGGGCUGACAGCCCUUUGAGUAUAAUUUUUUCUCCAUAAAAAGAUAAAUCUUUCGUAAAAACUUACAAUUAAUUACACAAAUAAUAAAAUGUUUGAACCAAGGGGAAAAGCUUCAUUUGCCGAACUCGCAAGAGAACUACACUUCCGGGGUUAACUAAUCGGGGGAGAAAAUUCAACUUGAUAAGAGAACUCUACAUUGAAUUGUUCUCAGAUGAGGGGUUCAUACCAGUUUAUUGAAAAUAAAACCAACUCCUGUUGAUCAAUUCAUAUCAGUCUCAAGUAGUCAUGGAUUGAAAAGUUUACAACCACAAUUGAUUUUCCUGUUUAACUCUUUAUUCCUUAUUUCUCUCGUUCUGUUUGUUUUCCUCUUAUUUUCUUUAAGGUUCUGCUUUGUUCCUAUGUAAAAAUUCAUCAAACGGGCUUCUUGUUUCUCCUGAGUUCCUUUUACAUAAAUCAAGAUUUAAAACAUUCUUUCUUGUGUAGGGCACAAUCUAAAGUGAUGCUAAACCUCGGUUCCUUGAGAAAUUUUUGGAAAUGUUUAAACGCAUUAUUACUAGUAAUUCUGUAUUUAAACAAACAACCUUUUUAUGUUUUUAAUAUACGAAAGUUAAUAUCUUUUAAUGAUGCCAUUAAUAAUUUUAUAGGUUAUUCUUUAUGUAAGAAUAACCAUAACAGGAGUAUUUGCAGGACACUGUUUUUAAAUAAAAAUAUUUCUUUUGAAUCAAUUUUACUUUAUCGUGGCUUAAUUUUGUAAUAGCUUUUUGUUUAUCUUUGGCCCACAUAAAUUUAGGCCAGAUGUUAGAGGAGCAUAGUCCUUGUUUAAAUUUAAAACAAAUUAAUUUUCUUAAUUUAUCCAGAACAGUUUUCAAGUAUAUUUGGGUAUCUAAUAGCAAUUUUUUUAAAAGUCAACGCCUGCUUCUUGGUGCAUUGCAAAUCACUAAUAAAAUUUUAGAAAAAGCUUUUUUCCACCAAUUAAUUUAAUUACACUAAAGUCAGAGAUAAAAUAUGACUUGGUAACAUUCAUUCUUAGGAGGAAAAAAUGUUAAACUAUCCAAAUAAGUCAAGAAAAGUAUAUAAAGGGCACUGGAUAAGAAUGAUCUCAGUCCUCAAAAACGGGAUUUGGAUAAAAUUCAAAUUAUAACUAAUUAAUUGCAAAUUAUGGUUUUAGGUUCAAGGAAAAAAUUAUCUAAACACAAUCUUUUGUUCAGAAAAUUAUAUUUAUUAGAACAGCAAAGAACAUUUAAAAUAGGUUUUCAAUAGAAUUUUUAAAAAAGCAUUUCAAAAUGUUUACCAAAUUGUACAGACAAAAGUCACUUUUCCUUUGGAUCAGUCAAUCAAUGUAUCAUCCACACUUUCUUUUAUGGAGGCCAAUCGUUUAUAGAAAUUUGUAGCCUACUGUCCUUCAAGUAUUUCUUCUAUUUGUACAAAUUGUCCUAUUUGGCCUUCAAGAUCGAGGUGUCUGGUAUACAAUUUUUUUCAAAAAUUAAGACUAUUGGCUUCAAAAUUUUUCUUGCAAAAAAUAAAAAAUUCAUUUUGUGGAAAACUUUCCAAUUUCAGUCCCUGGGACUUGUCACUGCCAUUUUAUAUUCUCAGACCACAAGCUCAUUUCUUACAAAAACUGGACUGUUGGUUCUUCUCCAGCACCCUUAGAACUGAAAAGUUUUUCAAAGCUGCAUAUGAGUUUGUUAUUAUAUUUUUACAAUAUUUUCAGCUAUUAACCAAUUUUGCCAUUUUUAAAUUGUGAUUUAUUUUGCUGUGAUUGAUUUGUUUUAAUUAAUUCUUAUUUAGCAAAACGGUUAAUAUUUUUUUCGAUCAAUUAAAUGCAAUAACCUUAAGAAGUAUGUGUAUCGGUGGUCUCAAUUAAUAUAUAUUAAGUUAAAUUGUUAACAAAAAGUUUUAUUCUAUAACUUUCCGUGAAAACAAUAAUGAAUGUUUUGACUGAACUGAAUUACAAAAAUAUCAAGGAGUGAGAAUUGUAAAAAAAAUAAAUAAAUAGGUUGAUGAUUUAAUUUAUAAGUUGCUUAUAAUACCGAUUUUUCAACAGUGUAUAUAUUCCAUUUAAAAGUUUUCUUCAAAUUAUCCACGGUACAAUAAUUUUAAACAUCGCUGUUCAUAUUUUCUUUUUAUAAUUUUCUUUUGGAAAAACAAGUUCUAUCAUUUCUAGUUUAAUUCGUUGAGAGCAUAGGAUUCAAUGUGUGAGACAAUUUAUUAAUUCAGGCCCAGGAAAUGUUUUAGUGCCUGACACAGUAGUCAGCGUGAUAAGUGCUUAUUGAUUUUGAUUCUAUAUUAACCUUUUUAAUUUAUCGUGAGAUUUCCUCCUAUGGUGUGCAUAGUUGAUCAUUAAUUAUCAUUUUGGUCUGCCUAUCCUACUGUCAAACCUACCCAAUGAGGAUAAACAGAACAAAAUAAUCGGUAAUGAUCAAAAUACAGGGUUUUAUUAUAGUUUCCACUGCCCUUUUGCAUUCCAUAACAAUAUCGUUUGUAAUAAAUAGUUAAUUAGCUCCAUUACACUUAAUUCAUUUUUACCAUUUCAGAUAUUAUUUUUUUGAUUUGAAGUAUAAUUCACUGUUGACAAACCGGUAUAAACUUUUCGAUAUAACUAAUCGUGGGGGCCUCAUUAUGUAUUACCCUACAAAUUUGUCAUGAUUAACUUUAAUAAUAGCUAGGUGAAAAAUCAUGCAAAUCAGGCAUGUUUUUUUUUUAUCAUUAUGGUUUUUGUACUUUAGCAUUUGGUACUGGAAUAAAAAGUAGUUACUGUACAGAGUUGAUACUAUGCCUAAACAUAUUCAAAAUUAUACUUAUGAAUAGCAGCAAUUAAAAAAAUUGAUGUUUUUAGAAAAAAUGCUAUUAUAACUAGUAUUAUGAAUGUAAUAUUCAGGCUUUUAAGACGGUAGAAUAACAAAUAUAAUAUGACUUUCUAUACAUCAUGAUUUUCAGUUCUUAUAUAUAUGAAACAUUGACCAACAUACUGGUGAAUAUAUAAAUUUUUUUUUUGUUAAAACAAAAGUAGCUUUUUUUAUUGAUGACAUAAUGCUGGAACGUUUUGUUUACCAUUAAUUUUAUUAAAAUUGUAGAUUUUAUUGAAUUAAUGUUACAUGCUUUUACUCAUUUAAACUAACCAAAUUGGGUCUGAAUUAUUUUGCUUGCGAUCUCUUCAAAUAAAUUAUUAAUGCUUGAAGUCAAGACUUGGCGAUGUUAUUUUGUCAAAUUUGCUAUUCUAUGUGUAAAAGAAUACCCUUUUGAGUUUUAUGUGUAGCUAAAAUAAUAAUAAUAAUAAUUUAUAAGAAAAAGAGGAUGUGCUUAUUGUGUAGAUAAAUUGUUCCCUUGCAUUGUCAAAAUUGAUUCAAAUUGUAGGCAAUAUAAUAAUGUGGUAUAAUUAAUCAUGAAUGCGUGUUUUGUGUUAUAAUUUUUUUAAACAUUUGGUGUCUUAUAUCAAUAAUUGUCAGUUUUAUUUAUGCAUUUAAUUAAUAUAUUGACAUUAUUUCACUUUUUUAAGUUUAAUAAUGGAACUGAACUUUAGCCAUAUUUAUAGACGAGUAUGUCACUACAGUAUUAUAACCGCUUAAUAUACUUUUAAGUUAAAUAUUGUAAACUGUAUUUUGACUGGAGUAUUUCAAACUGUGCCAUAGUGAAGUGUGCAAUAUUUAUCGUACAUUAUCAUUUUUUUUUUUUUUUUCAUUUGUGCAAGAGUAAUAAUUGCUUGCUUAGCCAUAUUGAGUUUGACUUUAA